AUGUGGCACAGAAUCAAUGAUCAGACGAACAAGUUCUAUGCCGCAUUCGCAGCUGCAGAGAAACAAAUAACCAGCGGUCAGAGUGACAAUGACGUUCUAAAGGUUGCUCAUGAAAUCUUCUACUCUGAUCAGGGACACAAGUUUACCCUCGAGCACGCGUGGUGUGUCCUGUGCUAUGAACAAAAGUGGAUAAGCCUGAACACACCUAAGACGGCCGGUUCAAAGCGAAAGGGUGGUGAGGUGAGUUCCCAACCUUCAAGCGAACAUGUCGGUGAGGUAUGUUCCCAAUCUUCUAUGCGUCCUGAAGGUAUCAAGGCUGCGAAAGCAAGCAGGAAUGGUAGUAAAGGAAAGGCUAUUGAGGACUAUAAGAGCCUUUUGGAGCUCAAGAUGGAAGAUUUGGCGAGGAAGGAGAAACUGUCGAAGCUGGCGAUAUUAGACACUCUCCUUACCAAGAAGGAUCCACUAAGCGAGAGUGAAGAAACUGUCAAGAACAAGCUGUUGGCCGAACUCUUCUAG